GGGAUAUGGAAGCCCCACGGUCUCAGGGCCGGCAGCUGGGGAGCGGGUUUAGAGCCGCCGCCUCUGACUCCAGGGCUGCCUCCCAAGCUCUUCUCCCGACCCGCUACCCCCAGCCGCAGGACAGACGGCCUCUCCGGCUGUCACAGGACCUGAGCCAGGGCCACCUCAGGGCGCAACGUCCCCGGCGGCCCGGCCCGAGGGAGCGAGCUCCGCGGUGAAGCAGGCGCUUCCCUGGCCCCGCAGGACGUGGUCUCCUGAAACAGGUUGGACGGGCUGCCUCCUCCCCAGCCUCGCCCCUCUGCCCCUCCCUUGGCUCUAUCCGGGUUAUUUCCCUGUGAGCCAAAUGCUCCCCCGGAACUAGAGCAGGAACGUGCUGGGGUGGGGGGGGGGGGCAGCGGAGGCAUGGGGUGCUGAAAUUUGAGAUUCCGGCCUUCGUGGGAGGAGGCGGGAAAGAGAGACAGACAGAGACAGGAAGAGACGGUUGGGUUGGGUUGGUUUUCUGCAGCAGGCGGCCUGGGGGGCGUGUGUGAGUCUGUGAGUGUGUGUGCACACGUCUGUGGGUUGUUUUCUUUCCUGCGCCCUCACAGGGAGGCCGGGUCCCCCUGGGUAAUAAGGGCUCUGAGGCCCCUACGCACAGCAAGGCUGGUGCACAGACAGGGUAGCAGGAGGGCCCGCGAGAGGAAGGAAGGGAAAGGGGAAGAACAGAGGUGAGGGAGAGCGGAGCGAGCAGGGCGGUGGGCGGAGCUGAGCAGCUGUGGCAUCUGGAACAAGUAUAAAUAGCUGUCUGGGUGGAGCUUGGCCAAACAGGGGUUUGCAGCUGCAGCGGUUCUAGGGCAGACCUGUCCACUGCUGGCCACAGCGGGGACACCCAGGCACGGAGCGGGGCCGGGGGGCUCUGACCAGACACCCCUCACCAUCACCACAUCUCUGGAUGCUCUCCUGGCCGGCCAUGCUGCUGGGGGGCCUCCUCCUCACCGUGGCCACCCUGACUGCGGCCCAGCGGAGGGGGCAGGAGGUGAGAGAGCGCCGCCUGGCGCAUCGCGUCCAGCAUGGCCAGUGCAGCUACACCUUCCUGCUGCCCGAGCCGGAGGCCUGCGCCCCAGAGACUGGGGGCACCUUCAGGGGCUCCAACAGCCUCCAGAGGGACUCGCUGAACCUGGUGGCCUGGCCUACCAAGCGGAUGCAACACCUGGAGAAGAUGCUGGAGAACAACACGCAGCGGCUGCAGAAGCUGGAAAGGUACAUCCAGACGAACUUGAGGUCGCAGCUGGCGCAGGCACGGCAGCACGUGGUCCAGAACCAGACGGCCGCCGUGCUGGAGCUGGGCACCAGCCUCUUGAACCAGACCACCGCCCAGGCCCACCGGCUGACUGACAUGGAGGCUCAGGUACUGAACCAGACAUCAAGAAUGGAGAUCCAGAUGCAGGAGACCUCACUGUCCACCAACAAGCUGGAGAAGCAGCUGUUUCUACAGGGCCUUGAGCUCCACCGGCUACAGGACCACAACAGCGCGCUGGAGACCCGGCUGCGAGCCCUGGAGACACAGCAGCAAGCGCAGCUGGCCGGCCUCCGCCAGGAGAAGGAGAGGCUGGGGAGCCUGCUGAGCCGCCAGAACGGCGCCCUCGCCGGCCUCGCGCGCAGCCUGCGCGCUGCCAGAAGCAACUCCAGCCUCCUGCAGAGGCAGCAGGACCGACUGCUGGAGUCCAUGAAGCGCCUGCUGCGCACGGUGGCCCAGGGCCCGCGUGAGCAGGUUGCAGCUGAGCGGGUGUUCCAGGACUGCGCGGAGAUCCAGAGCUUCGGGGCCAAUACCAGUGGCGUCUACACCAUCCAUGUGGCCAAUGUGACAGAGCCCAGAAAGGUUUUCUGUGACAUGGAAGCCAAUGGAGGUGGGUGGACCCUCAUUCAGCGCCGUGCGAAUGGCAGCGUGAAUUUUCAGCGGAACUGGAAAGAUUAUAAGCAGGGCUUCGGUGACCUGGCUGGGGAGCACUGGCUGGGCAACGAGUUGGUGCACCAUCUCACCAGCAGGGCAGCCUACUCUCUGCGUGUGGAGCUGCAAGACUGGGAAGGCAACGAGGCCUAUGCCCAAUAUGAGCGUUUCCAGCUGGGCAGCGAGGGGCAGCUGUACAGGCUUUCUCUGAGCGGGUACAGUGGCUCGGCGGGGCCCCAGAGCAGCCUGGCCCUAGAGGGCACCAACUUCAGCACCCGAGACGCAGACAACGACAACUGCCUGUGCAAGUGCGCCCAGAUGCUGUCCGGAGGGUGGUGGUUUGACGCCUGUGGCCUCUCAAACCUGAACGGCAUCUACUACCCAGCUGGCCGCCACCUGCGCAAGCUCAACGGCAUCCGCUGGCACUACUUCCAGGGCCCCAGCUACUCGCUGCGGGCCACUCGCAUGAUGGUGCGUCCCAUGGGCACCUAACAGAAGCCUCGCACGCGGGCUGGGCCACAGGAGGAGACGGGACUUGCUAUGCCCUGGGCAAGCUGGGCCCCGGCACAGGACACGGUGCCAGGGCCUGGACACCUGGAUCUCCCGAGCCAGCCCUCCUCGCCCUACGAGUCCCCAAGAGUCAGCUGCCUUGCUUCCCUGUCGUCCUCAAGUUGUGACAUGGGGGGGCGUUUGGGGGUUCCUGUCUCUGCAGGACCCCUCUUUUCUCCAGUCUUCUGCAGGGGCCCCUGCCAACUUGAGGGUCACAAUACCCUGAAUGAGCUGAGAACAGACACCUUGGCUCCUCCAAGGAAUGCCUGGCUAGGGGGGGGGAAUUUCAGGCAGGUGGGAGGGUAGUUGCAGGCAGGAAAGUGCUCAGAUGGAGCCCCAGAUUCUAGCCCCAGGGUUGGUGGGAAGGCCAGCGCCUGUUCCAAGCCUUCUCAGCCUUGAGCUGUCCUUGAACUGUCCCAGGCUGAAAGGCCUGCAUCUACCCCAUAACAGGAAUCAUUAUUUCCACCCCACACUGCCCAUCACUCCCAGGCCCCAGCAUCUGGAACUCAACCCUGGUCUCCCAAGGGCUCCAGGAGAUCUAACAGAGAUUUCUUUACCCCCAGCAGGUUCCAGAAUAUGUUCCACAGAGAAUAACUCACACUUCCCUCUCAAAGUACCUCUGGUCAAGUGAGAGAGGAGAGCGCCAGGUUAAAUCAAUGUCGACAGGCAUUCUUAGCUGCAGGACUUGUCAGAGCGUAUAAUGUGGUCAGGUACUUUGUGACUGCCCGUGAAGGGGCUAGAGUGGGCAGCUUUCUCCAUGUGCUUAUUUGAAAAUGGGCUCUGCUUCUCCCAGAGCAUCUCUCGGUGCGGUGGAUGCCUCUGGAAAAAGCUAGUCCUCAAGUGUCAUGAGGAGGAGCCCCAGGGCGCCAUCUCCCACCCCCAGCGACUCAUCCUUUCUGGCUGCAAACGCCACAGUGAAGGCCUCACGUAGUCUCUAAAACAACUGGAAAGAAAUGUUGGAUUAAAACAGACACACCAUCCCUGAGUUUCCUGUCUGCUAUGGGCCAGUGAUCUCCCAGGCUCCUUCUGGCCCCAGGAAGCCAGCUCUCUGCCUAGGGCUGCCCUCAGCACUCCCUGUCAGCCCAGCUCACCCUCGCUCAAGUACAGGCACUACCAGGGACUGUCCACACUGCCGUGGGCAGGACACCCACCUGCAGGUCCAGAUCCUCCCACGUCUAAGCCAGACCCCCUAGCCCUCUCCUCCUGCCCCAUCCAACAUGAUGUUACAGCUGGGGGCCUGGGAGACCAAGUUCUCCUCCUGAGCUUCUGUCAGAGGACAAGGUCAGAGAGGAGCCUCUGCCACUCCCCCUUCACUGUGUCACCCUCUUCAGUCCCCGUGAGGCCUACUGUGUGCAGUGUGGUACCGUGGGCAGGGCUUGGAGUUGGACAGACCUGCUCCAGCUCUUUGGACUUGAGGCCUAUGGCUCAGCCUCUCACGGCCUCAAUUAUCUUGUCUGUGAAAUGGAGGUGAUGACCCUCACUCCUGUCUGGGCUGGGGCAAGGAGGCGAUGAGACCCUGUAUGUCAACUUCUGACCAGAGCCUGGUAUGAAGCAGGUGCCUAAUAAAUAUUAUUUCCCAAAGAGGUGAAUGGGGUGAGAAA